GUGAUUAUGCAUAUGCAAAAUAAAAAUCGCCAGCAAAUUAAACGAAACGAAAUACUGAGGAGAGCUACCAGUUUGCAUUGAGAUAUCAUCUCGAAACCGAAGUUUAGCUUUCAAAUCCCAGUGCCUGGGAUUUUCCCGACGGAAUGUGACGAGAUGUUAUUGAACUGCCGCAGGAUUAUCAGUAUUUCAAGUGACAGCUGGGUGACAAAAUUUGAAAUGUCAGAUCAAUGCGAGGCAAUAAAGAGCUGUGAUUGAUGUGCCAAUUUGUAAUUUGUUAAUUAACAUAUACCCGCCCCGCCUUAAUUAUCGCUGGCCACACAAGCGCCCAAGUUCAGUGGUACAAAGCGAGUGCAAUUAAUAUUUUUAUUACGUAUCAUUUGGAUUAAUUGCCGUGCACAUUCCAUGAAUCACCCCAUCAAAUGUGUGUCAACGCGAGCGCGUCUCAUAGUCGAGAGCAUCCCGGCCAGAAUCGCAUUUGCAUUUCUUUUGUAUUUCUGUAUUCUGUAUUGACUCCCUGACGCCACAAACCCGAUCUCCGGCUUCCCUCAGGUGUUCCUGACCUGUGCUCCUCGCCUCAACGUGUGUCACUCACUCCGCGAACCUCGGCAACUCAAUCUGAAUCUCAACAUUGGCAUCAGCAUCGGCAUCAGCAUCAGAUUCAGAUACAUCUCGGCUCAGUUGGAAAUCAAAGUCUGGAAACCGGAUUUGCAUGCCAAUAAAGCCGAGGCUGCCAAACAAAACAAAACAAAACGAUUCAAACGAACUGAAAUCAAAUGAAAUUCUUUCGGCUUUCGCCUGGCUUUUGCUUUAAAAACAAAAUCGCCCGGCUCAGAACAUUAGACUGGUUUAAGAGCUCGAAUUAAGCGUACUGACGCGGAAUAAAGUCAGACGUCAGCUGAAGUCACAUAAAGAUCCCCCAGCAAGUGUGAACAACCAAGAGUGUGCUAAAAUUAAAUAUAUUUCAAUUAUAUAAACUCUGUUUUUGCGUUAAAACUCGUACAUUUCCAAUGGCUUUCAAGUACAAUACACAAAUGAUCCUGCUGAGCUGCAGUUUGGCUGUGCUCCUCGGCUGCUCGGAAGCCCUGCCUCGAUACAGUAGAACCAAGGACCUGGGAACCUCCGCCAGCGCCCCCAGCUUCGCCUAUGCUCCCCGACCACAGGAACCGAUGACCCUCACUGGGAACUACAACCUCAUCAUGCCCGACUACUACGAUCACCAUCCGGCGGAGUCCAUGCAGCUGCAGAACUUUGCCAACUUCUACGACGCCCAAAUGAAUCCCGACUCCGACCUGGGCAUGGAGGAGUCGCAGUUCCUGAGCCACACUCCCGUGAGGGCACCGCAGCCCUUGACGCCGGAGGAGAAGCGGGCUCGCCAGCAGGUGCCCCACGUGGACAUCAAUCGGGAGAAGAAGGCCCUGCUCAAGCUGAAGAAGGGCAGCACCAGGCCCAGGGGCGCCGAUCACCAGGAGUGGGACCAGUUCGACUACGAUCUGUACAGCCUGAAUCCCGGCGACAGCAAGAAGUACAACUACGAUGCCUAGAUGGAUUCACUUCCCUUCU